AACAUAAUUAGUUUGAAACUAAUUACACUGAAAGAAAAAAUUAGUUUCAAUUGGUGAUGGAAAACUUGUGCAAUUUUGGUGACUUGAGUUUCAAUAUAGUUGAGGAUAAACUUAGUUCAUCCAAUGAUAUUUUUUGGGAAACCAACAAACUUAGUGAAAUGAAAAAUGUUAAAUUUUCUGUAGAAGAAGAUCUAGGAGACUACAAUGGAAUUGAGUCUCUUUGCUCUAAUUUUGGUUUCUUUCAAGAUGAUCCAUCACAAGAAGAUGAGCUUCUUCUUUCCACUGAUCAACAAAAGUAUCAUCAACAACCAUAUCAAGAUUACGAAUCUUUUGAUAAUCUACACUUUGACAUGGUUCAAUUUGAUGAACAACAAUGUCCAACAAAAAACCCUCCACUUUGUGACACAAAAAAAGAUCAACAAUUCUACCAAACUCCACCAAUUGAGAUAUUGAAGAAUUAUGGCAAAGGAUUUAAGAGGUUAUCACCUGAUGAAGGAAAAAUCCAUCAUCCUGAAAAUGAGAGUAAGCUGUCAACUGAAGAUAUCAUGAAGAUAGCUGGAACAAGGUUCAUACAAUCAUCAUCUUUGUCGGAAUCUGCAUCAGGUUUGAUUCUUGAUCACCCUUUUGGUUUUUCUUUCUCUGGUUUAUCUGAUGAAGAGAAAGAAGAUGUUUCACUUGCUGAAUCACUCUUAGCUUGUGCUGAGAAAGUUGGAUAUCAACAAUAUGAACGCGCUAGAAAAUUGUUAUUACAAAUUGAGUCUUUAUCUUCGAAGACAGGUAACCCAGUUAAGCGCGUGGUUCAUUAUUUUGCCGAAGCUCUUCGACAAAGAAUCGACAAAGAAACGGGAAGAGUUUCUGUUUCGACAAACAAUAUGAAAAAGAUGGGACCUUUAUUUGAUCCUCAAGAGGUAACCAAGGAUCUAAAUCCAGCCCUUGUCGCGUUUUUUCAAGAUCUUCCAUUUUGUAAAAUUUCCAUGUUCACAUGUGUACAAACUUUAAUAGAAAAUGUAACUAAUGCUAAGAAGAUUCAUGUUAUUGAUCUCGAAAUCCGAAAAGGGUUACAAUGGACAAUCCUAAUGCAAGCACUUCAAUCGAGAAACAAAUGUCCCGUUGAGCUUCUAAAGAUAACAGCUAUUGUGACUGGAAACAUAGAGACUUUGAAGAAUAUAGUUGAAGACACUGGUAAAAGAUUGAAGGAUUUUGCGCGAUAUUUGAACAUACCUUUCUUAUUCGAUACAAUUAUUGUAUCUGAUUUAUUACAUUUAAGAGAAGAUCUUUUCAAGAUAGACUCUGAGGAAACCGUUGCGGUUUACUCUCAGUUUGCGCUUCAAAGCAAGAUUCAACAAUCAGACCAACUUGAAACAAUCAUGAGAGUAGUUAGAACCAUAAACCCUAAAGUAAUGGUUGUGGCCGAGAUUGAAGCUAAUCACAAUUCUAAAUCAUUUGUGAACCGUUUCAUCGAAGCACUUUUUUACUUCAGUGCAUUUUUCGAUUGUUUUGAGGAUUGUAUGAAAGAUGAUGAGAACAGAAUGAUUUUAGAAUCAAAGUAUUUUGGUCAUGGAAUUAGGAAUAUGGUGGCUGAAGAAGGAGCUGAAAGAAAGAGUAGAAAUGUGAAGAUUGAUGUGUGGAGAGCAUUUUUCGCAAGAUUUGGAAUGGUGGAAACAGAAUUGAGCAUGAUGUCUUUGUAUCAAGCUGAAUUGAUGGCUAAAAGAUUUCCCUGUGGAAUUUCUUGCACAUUUGAUAUGAAUGGUCAUUGUCUUCUUGUUGGAUGGAAAGGAACACCAAUUAACUCUGUUUCUGUUUGGAAAUUCAUUUGAUUAUUGUUAAAUGCAAGAGAAAUUUUGUUUCUUGUUGUCCAAAUACAUGUGUGGUUAGUUGGUGUCUGCAUAGGGUUCAAAUCUUUCGAAGACGGGUUGUAAAAUGAUUAUUAAUGUCACUUUAACUGAUAAUAAUUUUGUCCUAUAAGUAGUUUAGUUCUUCUUAUU